CUGUGUUUAAAUAUGGCGGAAUACUGAUACUCAAGUCGAAUGUUUUAGAACAAUUAUGAGCAACAUAUUAAUGGAUACUGAAUUUAUCAAGUCUGAUCAGAUUCCAGCAUCUAGUAAUCAUGGAGAUGUGGAAAAUAUUGCUAAUGGAGAUACCACACUGGAUCUUCUAGAGCAGAAACAGGCUCAGGAGCAAGCUCGGCUGUUGCAUCGAUUCCGAGAACUCCGGCAAUGGCAGCUGAAGCAGCAAGAACAGUUAAUGCAACAGCAGCAGCAACAACUGGAGGGUCUGAGGAAGGAGCAGAUCAAAGUUCAGUCCAUAUUGACAAAACAGAGGGAGACACAGUGGGGAGCUGGCAGAGUUAAACGACGAAGCUUGAGUCCAGCAAGAACACCACCUCGAAGACAGAUUAACCAAAGAGAUCUUGUGACAUCACUAUUGUCAAUGGCAUCGCAGAUAAAUGAAUUUGACCAGCAAGUUGUGCCAUCAUCCUCGUCUCUUCCUCUUCCUGUCAUGUAUGCUGAACCACAGACGAACGAAGAUGACGCUGCCACAAACCCAGAACUGUUCAGCAAUCCUGAUGACUCACACACUGGUGGUCGAGACAUUGAAGUCGAUCUUCAGUCAGAGGACGGCAUGUUCCCACUGCAUGAAACCGACUCCGAUCAGAGUGAGGCAUACAGAAAUGUGUUUAAUAUCCGUGACUCUGCUUCAGAGUUCAGUGUGGGGACCGAGAACGAGUAUCCACCGCCAAGGACUAAUGCUUAUUCACCUGAGCAGCCAAGUCUGGAAUUCUUACGAACGCUGACCGCGGAUGACAUGAAUUCUUUACAGACUAUUACAACAUUGCAACAUAUGUUGCAGACUGCCACACCAAACACUCUGCAACAAAUGUUGGGAAUUCUCCCACAGAAGAUGCCAAAUUCUCAAAUUGCCUCGGAACUGUUGCAUCCUGAUCCUGAGUUGGGUCAGGAUAAGAAUAUGAAUUGUUUUCAGGAAGCCGGUGUAUUGCAGGUUGAGAAAUCACCGGGUCAAGACGUGUUGGAUGAAGAGGAAGAACCAGAAUCUCAAAAUAUCACUGUGAAAGAAAAUGAGAACACUGCUGGAUUUGAUGAUAGGCCAAUCAUAUCAGGUAUUGGAGGAAAGAAAUCAUUUGAACAGUUGCUUGAAGAAGAAAUGUUAGCAGAAGAGGAAAGGUUAAAGAAUGCUGAGAAAUCACCUAGUCAAAGUAAAAAGCCUUUUUUGAGGAAAGGUCAAGGUCUUUCUAGGUUCAACUACCAAAAAAAUGGUCCAGUAAAGACGAAAGUUAAAAUUGACAGCAAACGGAAGUCGGUGGAACCUGGUGCAAGCUUUCCGACAAAUGAAAACCAAAAAAGACGCAUCGAUCAGUCUACACAUAGAGAUGCUGCAGGGAAUCAAAAACAAAAGAAGGAUAGCAAGAUAAUCGAUUCAAAACCUCCCCAACCAUCACAGAAAACUGGAAAAUCGGCUCUAACAAAUUCCCACAAACUGUUAAGCACCAAACACACUGAAUUUGAAAACAAGCCUGUUAGAAGUACAGCCACACUGCCCCACCAAUCAGUUCCAACACAGUCAACCCCAGUGAAGCCCGAGAGUGUGCCCAGUGUUGAAGGGAUGGUGCAUGUGGAUGCCAUGUCUGAAACGGCCAUUGAUAUGGAUGAACCAUCUUUCUGUGUCAAAGGCAGACAGAAUGAAAAAGUUGAAAAGCAAGAGCUGGAGGUGUUUGAAUUGUUUGAGGACUUUGCAGACAACGUGUCAUUCUGUAGCAACUCCUCUGUUGUAGUCAGACUGAUGGAGAAGGAUUGGCAGAAGAAAAAAGGAGUUAAUGUGCCAGUUGAAGAGAUGAAAGCUAUCAUUCAAGAAAAAUUGGCCCAGAAACAGAAGGAGGUCAAAAUGAACGAGAAAAGUGUCCAAGAAGAGACCCCGGUGGUUGAUAAGGAUGACACUCUUAAUGCCAGUGACUCUGACUCCUCCGACGACACUCUGACCGAUUCUGACAGCAGUUACACCACAGACAGUGGACAAGACGAGAAGACGGACGGACAGCAAGACAAACAAGAGGAGCAUGAUUAUAGUGUGUCUGACAUCUCUCAAAAUAAUAACAUGCAAACUGGGAUAUGUUUUGUUAAUAAUGGCACAAAUACAAGGACGUCUGAUAAUGAAAUUAGGAUGCCAGUAUCCCUAUCCCCGUCAAAAUCUAUUACCCGAAAAAUUGCUAGUAAAGACAUUAAGAGUGGGACUUUAACAGAUACCCAUUCAUUGCUGAAGAAGUUGUCUCAGAAUUCGGGUUCAUGGUUUGGUGCUGCAAGAGAAAACCCAGAUGUUGACAACUUCAAGCCAGGUCAAACACAUUCGGCAUUUUCCUCUGAAAAGUUGAACGGUAAUGCUGAAGAGGCUAAAAAACAUUUUGUUAGCAUGCCUCAGCUGAAUGGUAGAGGGGAUAGUGAUGAUGAUGAUUCUGUUAGCAGUGAUGAAGUAAAGCAUCAAGUUAUGACUCGGCCUGUACAAGACAGAAAUGAAAAUGCUAUGAAUGAUGAUGAAGAGGAUCAAUUUGAUGAUGAUGAGGAAUGGACUAACUCUGCACCAAAAGUUCCAAAUGGACGAGAUUCAGGAAUAGAUUCAACAGAGCAAGCAUCUAACCCAUCUAGUACACCCCCGACAUCUCGGUUGGUUGCAAGGCUGUUUCCUAAGUUAAAGGAAGCACAACAAGCAAAGCUACAACAGAAGCAACAGCAAGAUCAAGACAAGCUGCAGUCUGCCACUAAUGCAGGCCUAGGUGAGGGACUUCAGUCCAAAAUCUUACGGGACAAGCUCAUUGAACUUGAGAAGGAGAUUGAGAAGUUUAGAGAUGAAAAUGCAGCAUUAGAUAAACUCCACAGAGAAAGGGAAGAGGGUUUGAAUAAACUGAAAAAAGAAAUCAAUAAUUUUGAAAAAGAAAAAGCAGAUGAACUGAGGAGAUUGGAGGAGUUCAAGACUCAGGAAAUGAAGAAAAUACGGCACGAAAGAAAGAUGUUUAUUAAAUAUCAAAAGGCUGUCCGUGCCAUGCCAGAUAAGAAGGAUCGCGAGGAAAUUGAAAUGUUACGGACAGAGCUGUCUGAACUGCAAGAAGAAUUAAAACAAAAACAAACACGAUGGAAUGCUACUAAUUCUCGUCUCCGAGAUACACUAGCGCAGUCCGAACUUGAGAACAAGGAACUUAGAGAAGAAAUAAAAUUACUAGAAAAGCGCAGGCUGGAGAGUAUGCAGAAAGAAAAUGGCUAUAAGAAACUCAAUGUCCCCAACAUACCACGUAGCAGUACUCCCACAGAAGACAUUAAUUUAACCAGAAGCUAUCAAGGAAUGCGAGAACCUCCAAAAGCAGUUUCUCCCUCCAAUGUUCCAUCCACCCUAGCACAGUCUCAACCCACUGCAAAUGGCCAUGCAUCAACAUCCUUGUCCCUUUCAAUUUCCUCUUCGAAACCCAGUGCACCCCACCAAUCUCUGAGCACUUCUGGAGAUGCUGUUCCCAGAGGACAGCCCACAGCAGCCGCCACACUUCAAGGUAUUCCACAAUCUGCCAGCACCAAUGUGCCCCGUAAGCAGUCGGCCAAAUUCACAUCCCAGAACCCAGGUAUAGAUAAAGGAGAUCGCCAGUAUGAAGAAAUCCAGAAUCCUGAUGGAAAGAUUGAACGGACAUACACAAAUGGUGCUAGAGAGAUUCUCUUCUCAAAUGGAACGAGAAAGGAAAUCUCUUCAGAUGGACAGUCAAUCGUUGUAUCUUUCUUCAAUGGAGAUAUCAAGCAGAUCUUCCCAGAUCAGAGAGUUGUAUAUUUUUAUGCAGAUGCUCAGACAACCCAUACAACUUAUCCAGAUGGCUUAGAGAUAUUACAGUUUCAGAACAAUCAGAUAGAAAAGCACUAUCCUGAUGGAACGAAAGAGAUUACGUUUCCUGAUCAGACAAUAAAAUACCUAUUUCCAAAUGGUUCCGAAGAAAGUAUUUUCCCAGAUGGCACAGUCAUACGUGUGGACAGUAAUGGGGACAAAACCAUGGAGUUUCCUAAUGGCCAAAGAGAAAUACAUACAGAGCAGUUUAAGAAACGUGAAUAUCCUGAUGGGACUGUGAAAACUGUGUACCCCGAUGGCCGGCAGGAAACGCGUUAUUCUACAGGCAGAAUACGACUGAAGGACAAGGACGGAAAUGUAAUAAUGGACAGAGUGUGCUAGUCAACAUGGCCUUCAACAAACUAUCUGUGAUAAAACUACUUAACUUAACCACUCCAUUGAUCAACCCACUUUGCAUGGUAUUGCCAAUUUCACAAAACUGAAUACCAGUUAAUUGCAAUUUUAAUUUAUUUAUUACGGUCCCAACAAGCUCAUCUAAGAAUACCAGUAACCUGUCAGUGUUGUCUGGUCUGGACCACAGUGAUCUUGGCUGUAAAACUGUGCACUUAAUAGCUGAAGUGUCUAAAGCCUUAAACCUAGUGCCUCCAAAACCAGUUUUCAUUAUGCAUGGAAAGCUUGUAGUCAUGCCUGUGCUAAGCAAUAUAUUUGGCAGUGCCUUAUUUUGUUGGACGUUUAAGUUAUAAAUGGUAAAUUUAGUAUAUGUAACAAUACAGUGUGAUAGAUGCCAUUUUAAACGAAGCUAAAGAAUUGUAGUUUAGAUUUCAGACAAAAUUUACAUCAGUAAGUAGAAAAAAUAUAAUUAUUAAAGUUUUCAAAUAAAUUUAAACAUCAUAUCCAACACCCCAUAAUAGCUUGAUUUUGAGAAUGUUGUAAUACUCGUAUUUUAUACAUGCAUAUUAUAUAGAUCAACCUGUUGUUUUACCACACUUCUAUGGAGAGGAUUCCUAUUUAGGUUAUCAGUCAAGUUAAAAACAUCACUUUUAUAUCAAGUUAUGAAUGGGGGAGACAUCAGGACUUUCGCCGACGCUGGUUAACAAAAAAAAUAAAAGAAUGAAUGACACCUGAACAUGUUUUAAAUUAUGACUAUUCGGUAUCAGACAUACCCGUAUUGUGACACUUGGUAUAUAGUGCAGGCGAGGAAACUUGCUGUUAUUUCUGAGCAACAGCAAAGGAUCUUUUAUAUGCAGCACAUGGCCAUUUCCUUUAAUAAUGGGGAAUUAGGAAGAUAAUUUUUUAAUUAUGGCCAUUUCGUGACUGAUAUACAGAGAAUAAUACAUGAGUGGCCAUUAGAUAUCAUUUAUCUUAUGAGUUUGAUACAUUUUUAAACAAGUUGUGAGAUAAAUGGUAUCUAUUGAAUACAUGUAUUAUUCUAUUUCUUACAUAUCCUAAAAAACAAGGUUUUAAGCAAAUUUUAACAUCUUUAUCGACUAAAAGUUAUUUGCAGCCUUUACGCGUCAGAUGAUUGUCGGGUUAACUAUGUUAAAGUGUAAUCGAUUUUGAUCGUGCUGUUUUUUUUCAUUGGAUGUGACCUGGUCAACACCUAGGAGCAGCCAGUCGUAUGUCUUGAAAUUGUUAACACACGUAUGUGUUAUAAAAAAUAACGAAUGAUGUUGUCACCAACAGGUGUAUAAGAAACCAGUAAAGACUUGGUGUAGUGUGAAGCAAGACACCUGCUGUUAAUGCAGUGUUUCAGAAUAACAGCAAUGGAUCUUCCUUUGGUAAUACCUUUCAUGUGGAAUUAAAAUGUGUGUACUAAGGGUUUUGAGAGAUGAUCAUUCUAACUAAUCACACGGCACGUAUAUAGGAGAGCAGACCAAUCUAGACAGCACCUUGCUAAAAUUCCUGCACAAUUGCACGUCUUACCACAGAGUAACAUCUCAUCCAUUUUUAUUACAUCAGUGCUUUAAUGAUUGAACGUUGUUGAGAUAUUUCUUUUGUACAACCAGUUGUUCAUUCUUAAUUUUUGUGAAUUAAAACCAUGUCCAGAAUUUAUUUUUGAUCUCCAUUUCAUCACAAUUGAGCAGGUGUUUUGCUGUUCAUAUAUUUAUUAUUGAAUAAAUGAAUAUUCAUACUCAAA